CAAUGCGUAUCAUUUCAAUUCAAAGUUUUUCCAGUUGUUGAAGCCAGUGAAGGAAUUAGAGAUUGAAUCCAAAAUGCAAAAUCAGCCUGGUAAUUCAUUAAAAGUGGACAAGAUGGAGAAUGGACCUCCAGUGAAAGUACUGAACGAAAGAAAUUUGACCAUAGUGAGGAGAAUUGCAAAUGAUUGGCAGAAAUUGACACCAAAACGACAAACAAGGAAACGUUACAUGAAGUAUGAAGAAAUGUUGAUGCAGGAGAUCCCUGGAGCGAGUAAGAAAACCAACCAGGCAAUGCAUGCGGUGUUGGAAAGUGAUUUAGAAGACACUGAAGAUGAUAGGGGCAAGGGAAUGGGAGCAACAGUUAAAGUCAGGAAUCAUGCACUGAUCCACUACAUUGCACAAUUAGCAAAUUCAAACAAUGACAAUGAUACAUUUGAUUUCUCGUUUGUGGAAUCAUUAUUAAAGAAUGGGGCGGACAUUAAUGCAAGGGAUAAACAUGGCCAAACGAUAUUUCAUGAAGUUGCAAGAAGUUGGCAUUUGGAUGUUGCACAGUUUUUGCUUAAAAAUGGUGCACGUAUAGAUCAGCAAGAUAAAUAUGGAAGAGCUCCACUUCAUGUGGCUGCUGCCGUGGACUUCGCCAAAAUGGUAGAAUUCUUGAUCAAUAAUGGCGCUGAUGUUAACAUAAAGACGACGGGAGAAGGACAGUCUCCAAUACAUUUUGCUGCCAAAAAUGACGCUUGUCUCUCACUCAAAAUGUUGUUAGCUUAUGACGCCGAUAUGGGAGCAAGAGAUUAUCAAGAGAGAACACCAUUACAGGUUGCUGCCGAGAUGAGUCGUUCAAAAGCAGCGAAACUUCUCAUUGACAUGGGCGCUCCUGCUGGAGUUUACGAUAUCAAGGGAGAAGUUGCUCUUUCUCUUCUCAUCUUGAAGAUGCCUGACGUCGCUCUUGUAGCUUUGGAUCAGUUCCACUCUGAGGAUAUGAUCAAUAGAAAAGAAUAUUACUUCCUCAACUAUCUCGAAGGACCGAGGUUAUUAGAGGAUAAGAAAAGCGGUGCUCGCACCCCACUGGAAGUUGCAAUCCAAACUCAGCAAUUUGACAUCGUUAUGCAUCCCGUGAUGCAACGCUUGAUCUACACGAAAUGGCAAAAAUUUGGCAAGCGUGGUGCUUGGCUGGACCUUGCUACAAAUCUACUAUUUUCAAUCCUUUGGACGGUGCUGGGAGUGACACUACCUCACAAAGCUAAAGAGUUAUAUGAACCUCUUAGUGAACGUUGGUGGAGACUUGUACUAGCUAUUUUGGUGAUGUUUCUCACUUUUGUGGAAAUUUUUAAACAAGUUGCUUCUGUUUAUCGAGUGAAGAAAUCUUUAACCAAAUGGAAAGGGUACCGCGAGAAAGAGUUGGAAAGAGAUCUGCCAUAUUGUCAUCCAAGAUGGCCGGAUGAAAAACGAUAUUUGGACGGAGAAAUAAAAGCUGUACGAGAAGAACGUUUGUUGAGUUCCCAGGACGGAUGGUUCUAUAUUGAUUGGUUUGCUCUGAUUCUAAUCAUGGCAUCGGCAAUAUCCCAUGCCACUUUCUUUUUCUUGGAUACAGUCAAAGUUUACAACAUUCAUAUUCGCUUCGUCUGUCUUCUACUUAUCGUUAUUUGGUUCCGAAUUAUGAAAUACGCGCGUCCUUUUAAAGGGCCUGGUCCGUUUGUGGCUCUAUUUAGUCAUAUGUUAGGCGACAUCCUGAAAUGGGUCUUCCUUUUUCUUGUUUUCUUCAUUCCAUACACAGCAUGUUUUUGGAUGAUCUUUGGUGGUUACAGCAUUCACCCAGCAGAAGGAUACGACACUUUGCCAAAACUGUUGUAUUCAGUAUUUGGUAUGACAGUCUUGGACAACUACGCAUUCGACUCUUUGGAAGCUAAGGAUGCAGUAAUGGCAAGAGUUCUUUGUGGAACAUAUAUCUCAAUUUGUUCAAUCAUAAUAUUAAAUCUUCUCAUUGCGCUUCUUGCUGACACUUUUACACGAGUUUAUGAAAAUGCAAUCGAGAAUGCAGCGAUGCAGCGAGCAAAGACGAUUCUUAAUUUGGAGCAAUCCCUCAGAAAAUCCCACAAACGAGCAUACUAUGACUUUAUUAGGGAGCAUUGCAGUCCUGAGGUCAAAGAUUACGAUGCUCAAGAUGAGGCUGGGAAUGAUCGAGACAAAAAAAGACAAAUGGAUGAAAUGAGGAUACAAGUGAAUGACAUCUUCUUUUUAAUAAACGAAAGAUUUGGCAAGAGGUUUGGCGAGGCUCAGAAAUCAGAUCUGGACGAAUUAAUGGAGAAGAUGACAUCCGUAUCAACAGAAACAUCAAAGAUUCGCACAUCAGUUCAACUUACCAUGAUAAGACUUAAAGCACUGGAACAAAUUGUGAAAAACAGUGGAAGUAUAGAAUUACCAAAUGAAGCAAGCACUCCAGUAUCCUACGCACGUCGUCAAUCCAACGUCAGUGUUCAUUCAACAUCUUCUGAGAAAAAGUCACGAAAUGGUCGUUCUUCUAAACAACGAGUCCUUUCCGAUCCCAACAUCCAGAAAAAACGCGAUCGCCAUUCGAAUGAUGGCAAAUAUGCUACAAUAAGCGGUCAACCGAAGAUUUCACAACGAUCUCAAUCACGUGCUUCAAUGAAAUCUGUUGAUAGCAAAAGGUAUCGUGAAACUAGCAGGCCACCAUCACGUGAAGGAAUCCUGGAAGAGAACGUUGUGACACGUGAACAACCAAGCAAAUUUGAAUACACCAGUGCGACUGACGAAGAUAUUGGCUUAAUUGAGCAUGCGCAAACAUCACAACCGACAAUACCACAGGAUGACGUGUUGUCAUCUUCUGACGAGGAAACCAUUUUAAAUGAUUUCGAAGAUGAAAGCAGUUCAUUAACUGCAGAUGUUAAUGAAAAAAAACGACAAGUUCCGGAUAAGAAAGGGAAAUUACCAAAACAAUCGUCUAUAAGUAAAAUGCCAAAAACUCUGGCAGAAGUGUUUAAGAAAGCAAAGCGUAAAGCAAAAUUAUCUAGUGACAGUUCCCAGCUCUCGCAGCGUGAUGAUGAUUUGAGAGAAAUUCAAGAAGAGAUGUCACAGCCAAACGAUGCAGCUCAAUCAAGGUCAGUCUUAGCACCAUUAGCUCCACGUAGUGAUCUCUCAGACACCUCGUACGUCACGACAGACAACUAGUUUAAACAGUCAGUAGCUUUGGAUGAAACCUGGAUGAAUUUGUCCCAAACUUGGAGGCAAUAACGUGAUAAACAAUGCUGUAAAAACUGUAAAUAUGAUGUUCUUUGUUAUUUGAUUCCUACCGUCACGACUAACAAUGUUUCAGGUUUAUAAUUGACGAGGUUUGAGGUGUAUUCAUUCCGUUUCAGAAAGGGAACUUACAUUUUUAACUGAUGUGAAAAGCAACUAGAGGGAGUUUGAGAAAAAUACACACAUGCAGUAGCUGCGUAGCUUUUUCCCUAAAAUCGGUUCAUCAAGCAUCGUAUGUACCAAGUACCAAUAUUUUUCAAGGAACAGUGUAGUAUUUAGCUAAGACAAAGAUAUGGUUUCAAUUACCAUGGAUAGUACCAUUAGCGAUUAGAUAUGCGUUUCACAAUAACCCUGGCGUUCAAAUAAGCCUUUAGUACUUGUAAAGCUAGUUUCCUGAAUUUGGAAAAAUAACAUAUUUACGUGAACUUGUCAAGUUAUUAUUAUAUAAAUCAAAUUUCA